AUGUGCACGCGUGAUGGUACAGUUGGACAUAGAAGGAAAAACUUGAGCCUCCAGCCAGUGGACCGCGAGGAGGACGCCCACCUGUUCACGUAUCGGGACGUAAACAGAACCCACGUGUCUGUAGUGCUGGCUCAGAGCGUCGAUGAGUUGGUCGACAGCGACUCUCCACAGAACGUUGUGAAGUUCCGACUUGGAUGCGACUUCGAUUCAGGAGAUGAUCUUAUAUCAGCAUACUUGUCGGUGACAGUGUACAUAGAAGACGUGAACGACAAUGUACCCAAGUUCCAGGACACGCCAUAUCAUGUCGCCGUGGAUGAAUUAACACCUGCAGGUCUUACAAUCUUCAAGAGUAUCCGCGCAUUUGAUCGCGACAAGCCUAACACACCCAAUUCUGAUGUCCAGUACAGCAUUAUCGCGGGAGAUGCUGAUGGUCACUUUGCUCUAGAAAGUUCACACAAACCGGCUUUAGUGUUGAAAAAGCCCUUGGAUUACGAUACUGGGGAUAAAGAGUUCUUGCUCGUCGUUACUGCUUCGGAUCGUGGGUCUCCGCCUCGCAGCACCAACGCUACCGUUCACAUCACCGUGCUGGACAAUGAUGACCUACCCCCUAAGUUUACAUCAGACUUAUACAGGACACAAAUUCCUGAGUUUUAUCCUCUCUUGGGCAAAAUAAUUCACAAAGAGCUGCUCUUCCCUACGUCGAUCAAAGCAUUUGAUCAAGAUCUUGGAGUUAAUGCUACGUUAAAAUAUGAACUGGUGUCAGGCAACGAAAGAAAGCUAUUCUUCUUGAACCCUCAAAACGGCACGUUAUAUCUUGAAAAAGAGAUUGACUUGGAUGCUGAAACUGGAUUGUCAGGAAACACGUUCGUACUGCAAGUGCAAGCUUCUCAACUUGAUAAUCCCUUGAAGACAGCUCAAGCCAGAGUUGAAAUUGAAGUCCUUGAUUUAAAUGAUAAUCUUCCUGAGUUUGAAGUAGAUUUUUACAACAUUAGUAUUGUUGAAAAUUUACCUAAUGGUUUCAGUGUACUACAAGUGAUGGCAACAGACAAGGAUCAAGGAGACAAUGGAGAAUUUACGUACCAAUUAAAUGACCCAGAAGGUGCAUUCAUUAUUGACCCUAGAACUGGUUGGCUCACUGUACGGAACCAGACGGUACUAGACAGGGAACAACAUUCUUCAUUAAAAAUGAAAGUAUUCGCCAAAGAAAAAAACCCUAACAUCGUUGGAACUUUUUUAGAUAAACAACGCCUAGCUAAAUAUCGAAGAACUCCAACUACUCCUAAAGUACCAACACUUAAGGAGAAGACCACAUAUAUUUUUCCGGAUAAAUUAGGAACAAAAAAUGAAAAUAUAGAAUAUAUUGAUAAUCAGCUAAUGUCUUACGUUAACGUGGAAGUGACACUUUUAGACGCUAAUGACAAUAAUCCAGUUUUUUAUACCAAAGUAAAAGCAAUAGAUCCCGAUCUAGGGAGAAAUGGAAUGGUAUUAUAUGACUUACAAAGAACGAGUAAUUUGACCAUAACAUCGCCUUUCCAAGUAGAUGCUAAAACUGGAACCAUAAAUGUUGCUGAGUCACCGAUCGUCGAAGGGAGGCAUGCUCUGUUUAUUGAAGCUUCUGAUCAACCUGCAAACCCCAGUGAAAGAAGAUAUUCGUUAGCCGUUGUUACCAUUGAUGUAACAAGAGCCUCCAAAGGGUCAAAACCAGACAAGCCCGGUUUCAUUGGAGCGCCAUAUGAGUUUUGGGUUGGAUCAAAUGUUGGAAUUGGAACAAGUAUCGGUCAAAUCCGCAUUAAUGAUGUAAUGGAAAAAAAUGAUGUUUCAUAUGACUUGUUACAUAGUUACGAAGAUGGAGUGCCUUUUGCUGUAGAGGAACGGUCUGGAGUUAUUACAGUAGUAGAUGAACUGACUAAAUACAGACGACCUAUGUACGACUUUGAAGCAGUGGCUAUGCAAGAAAAUGCUAAUCUAAGUAUAUCUACAAACGCUACCGUUCACGUUGUAGACGUUACUGAUGAGAGAGGAGUAUUAUUAAAAGGCGCACAUUCACCAUUGGUGUUCAGUGUUCAAGAAAACGUAGCUGGUGCUACCAUUGGUCAAAUUUUUCAAGUUAACACCAGUGCACUGCCUGUUAACAGCUCUGGAAAUAUCAGGUUCAUAAUUGCUAAUCAACAGGAUGUUACGGAUGACAUUGCAAUAGGUCAAGACGGUACAAUCUACGCACAAAAGCCUUUAGAUAGAGAAAAGAGAAGUACUUAUCGGAUGACAAUUAUUGCCGAAUUCACUAAAGGAAUGAUUUCUGGAGCUGGAAUCUAUCAAGUAACUGUAAAUGUAGAAGAUGAAAAUGAUAAUCCUCCCAUAUUUGAGUUGCCGAUGUACGAAGGUUUUAUCACUGAAAAUUCAGCAAGAGAUACAGAAGUCAAAAUGACAAAUAAGAUUAUAGCUAAAGAUGCAGACGUCGGAUUAAAUGCAUUAUUUACGUACACAAUAUUCGGUGAUGGUCGAGAAAUGUUUCAUGUUCAUGAAAAUACUGGCAUCGUUACAUUUAUCGGAAAAAAACUUGAUAGAGAAGAAAAAAGUUCAUAUGUACUAAGAAUCGUGGCUAGAGAUAGGGGUGGGCUUAGUUCUGAAGCUAAAUUAACAAUUAAUAUUUUAGAUGAAAAUGACAAUGUACCAAAAUUCAAUCAAAUUAUUAUACCAGGCAGAAUUUACGCUCAACAUAUCGGCUCAAAACCAGACAAGCCCGGUUUCAUUGGAGCGCCAUAUGAGUUUUGGGUUGGAUCAAAUGUUGGAAUUGGAACAAGUAUCGGUCAAAUCCGCAUUAAUGAUGUAAUGGAAAAAAAUGAUGUUUCAUAUGACUUGUUACAUAGUUACGAAGAUGGAGUGCCUUUUGCUGUAGAGGAACGGUCUGGAGUUAUUACAGUAGUAGAUGAACUGACUAAAUACAGACGACCUAUGUACGACUUUGAAGCAGUGGCUAUGCAAGAAAAUGCUAAUCUAAGUAUAUCUACAAACGCUACCGUUCACGUUGUAGACGUUACUGAUGAGAGAGGAGUAUUAUUAAAAGGCGCACAUUCACCAUUGGUGUUCAGUGUUCAAGAAAACGUAGCUGGUGCUACCAUUGGUCAAAUUUUUCAAGUUAACACCAGUGCACUGCCUGUUAACAGCUCUGGAAAUAUCAGGUUCAUAAUUGCUAAUCAACAGGAUGUUACGGAUGACAUUGCAAUAGGUCAAGACGGUACAAUCUACGCACAAAAGCCUUUAGAUAGAGAAAAGAGAAGUACUUAUCGGAUGACAAUUAUUGCCGAAUUCACUAAAGGAAUGAUUUCUGGAGCUGGAAUCUAUCAAGUAACUGUAAAUGUAGAAGAUGAAAAUGAUAAUCCUCCCAUAUUUGAGUUGCCGAUGUACGAAGGUUUUAUCACUGAAAAUUCAGCAAGAGAUACAGAAGUCAAAAUGACAAAUAAGAUUAUAGCUAAAGAUGCAGACGUCGGAUUAAAUGCAUUAUUUACGUACACAAUAUUCGGUGAUGGUCGAGAAAUGUUUCAUGUUCAUGAAAAUACUGGCAUCGUUACAUUUAUCGGAAAAAAACUUGAUAGAGAAGAAAAAAGUUCAUAUGUACUAAGAAUCGUGGCUAGAGAUAGGGGUGGGCUUAGUUCUGAAGCUAAAUUAACAAUUAAUAUUUUAGAUGAAAAUGACAAUGUACCAAAAUUCAAUCAAAUUAUUAUACCGUUCGGGGAAAACAUAGAUUUACUGGAAUCAGAUACAAAAUCCUCAGUCAAGAUUUAUAGUGAAACAAAGAGUAACUCUACUACAGGUUUAGUAAAUGUAGAAACAAAACCUAAAAAUAAGUUUGCUUUCAAUGUUGCCUCAGCAGGUCCGCUGUUUUUGAUACCAGAAAAUGUUGCUAUAGGAUCAAUUUUAUUGAAAUUAAACGCUAUAGAUAUGGAUAGUGGUGUCAAUGGACAAGUGAGAUACGAAUUUAUUUCAGAGGUUUUUAGUCCACCGAGCGUUAUGCCUUCAAAUAGUAUGCAACUCAAGAGAUAUUUUGUAAUCAACGAAAGACAAGGUCAUAUUAUAGUUGCAAGAACACUACCCCCAGAGGCAGAAUUUACGCUCAACAUAUCGGCUCUAGAUGGUGGUCAGUUAAGUGACCACAUUUCCAUUAGAUUUUUUAUUAAAGAUGUUAAUGACCAUUUUCCAAUGUUCAAAAAAACUUUGUACAGUUUCAAUGUAGAAGAAGCUCAAUAUACAAGAAGAGUCCUCGGCAAAGUAGAUGCAACAGAUGCGGACUUUGGACAAAAUGCCAAUUUGACAUAUUUUAUACAACCUACAGAUAAUUAUUUGCCGUUUGAGAUAUCCCCAUCAUCUGGGGUAUUUAGCGUGAAUGGUGAAUUAGACAGAGAAAAGGAAGACAAAUAUAUACUAACAGUAGUAGCACGGGAUAAUGGUUAUGACAAAAAGCUGUCAUCUUCAGUAAGUGUUGAAGUACAAGUACUGGACGUCAACGACAAUGCCCCAAAUUUCUAUGCCUAUGAUGAGCUAUUAGAAUGGAAACAUCCCGAGGCUGAUGAAAUUUCAAAUCACAAUUUUGAAUCAGUGAAAAAGUUGCCAAUUUAUAAAGCGUCAGUGGAUGAAAAUGCACCAAUAGGAACUGUGGUUGCCAAAGUUUUCGCAAAUGAUUCUGAUUUUAUUGGAAAUGGGAAUGGUCUUAUUUUGUACAGUUUACCCCAAAAGAAAAAUCAAAUAAAUCUUUUUGCUAUUGAUUCAAAAGAAGGUAUCAUAACAACUACGGCAAGAUUAGAUUACGAAAGUCAAACAGUUCAUAAUGUGACAAUUGUAGCCUCUGAUUUAGGAUCUCCCAGUUUAAGUUCUACAGCAAUAUUGGUGCUUACGGUGACUGAUGUGCCUGAUGACGUUGAAGUAUCAGACAAGCCUGUCUUUAUAUCUAGAUACUACGAGCUUGAGAUAGAAGAAAAUGUUCACACUCCAGUUGAAUUAAUUACACUGAAUUUGACUGAACAUUUCGAGAAUUUCAAAAUGAAAUAUUUUAUACUGAAUGAAAAUGAUAUCGACGUGAAAAAGACUUUUGUGAUUGAUCCUAAAAAUGGGACAUUGUACUUAGUUAAGAGUCCAGAUAGGGAAAAACAAGAUAUUUAUGAAAUUAUAAUCAGAGGUGAAAGACAGAAAAUCAGUAGACAAUUGCCACACAUGAUUUAUCCCGUAGCAGAUGACCUUAUGGAAGGUUUGACUAAGUUUGAUGUGAAGGUUAUUGUCAGAGUUAAAGACGUCAAUGACAAUGCUCCAAGGUUCACUAAUUUUGGAAGGCCGCUAGUUACUGCAAUACCUACAACGGCUCCAUUUGGACUUCAAGUAAUACAGCUGGUAGCUACGGAUGCAGAUGUCGGCAUAAACGCAGACAUUCGGUACCAAAUCAUAAACGAGCAGGCUCCAAGGUUUGCCAUCGAUCCAGUGACGGGUUGGGUACGUGUUGUAGCGGCACUUACUCUAGAUGCAGGAAGAGUAUUUGGAUUCGAUGUAAAAGCAACCGAUAAGAGAGGUGCUGAUGAUGGCAAAUCGGCCAUUGCAAAUGUUUUUGUAUACGUACUAGAUGAAAACAAGCAGUUGGUUGUAACAGUGGGAGCAAAGCCAAUGCAAGUGGAGAAGGAACUUGACAAUAUCACCAAUGCAUUGACUGGAUUAACGGGUUUAGAUAUCCGAGUGAGGAGAUUAGAGGCUAACAUGAAAGCGUCAGCAGACGGUUUAGCGACUGACAUGUACAUUUAUGGAGUCGAUCCAUUGUCCAAUGCAGUUAUAGACAUGGAAGUAUUACAAAAAUCUCUUAUGAAACGUGAAACCGACCUCCGUCAUGAUCUGGCUGGUUUCCGAGUCCUCGGAGUAGGGGAUAAUACAAUGGUUCAAGCCAGAAGUGGCAAGCUCCUCAGUACUAUGGAGAUCAGCGUGGUGGCCCUGGGAUGCAUUGUGUUUAUUGGAGCGUGUACAACUGCUAUCUGUAUACUCUGUGUCAGAAGAAGUAGAAGACGCCACCACAAACCAUAUUCCCAGCAACAUCUUAACGCUUUUUCAACUGAGCAUCUAACAAAGUUUGGAGGCCUCUUUCCGUCUGGAGGGAAUCAGUGCCAGGAGCUCAACCAGUCCUAUAGCGAAGGAGAUUCUUAUAUAGAUGUCAUCAAUCACAGUUCUAAGAAGAUUUGCCCGCAUGGGAACACUGUUGAAGAGUUUGGCAAGGCUCACCAGAAAUGCGUGAAGAAUCAGUUCGGAGACGACAUGUUUGACCAGAAGCAUGAAAGGAUGUGUAUUAAGUUUAAUCAGCGUCCCUUGCAGAAGAGGAAAGGGCAAGAUACAUCGAUAACGUCCGUGAAUUCCAGCGGUCAAGACUCCGGCAUUGCGGAAGCCGCGUCCAAAUGUCCCUGCGGCCAAUCCAGCUUGCACACCUCCGAGGAGAGCAGCGGGUGCAGUUACGAAGAUUCCUUGAAGUCCACGAACAACCAGGAGGGCCGAUCAAAAUCAUUCCGAGGAGAUCAUGAGACCCGUUUUACAAGAAGAGCUUCAUUCGGUCACCAGCCUCUGGACUCUAGACCGAUGAAUUACAGACGUCAAUCUUUUUCUGAAAACAUGCAAAGGCACUUUCCCCCUUUUGAGGGAGUCGGUUCUGGAGGAAGAAUAACUCGACAGAUAUCCACGCCGAAUGUAUCAAACAUCCCACAUUCUUAUUUUUUAAACGGAAAUAAGAGAGUAGAAUCUAGAAGAAAAGAAGUAGUAAAUGAGCCUAUGGUAGACUAUGAUCAUAGUGAAGGAGAAGAUGUUUUUGAUACAUCACAUAGGAUGGAAAGGAGAACUAGUGGGAGAAACUAUAAAAGAGGGAAGUUUAUGGAACUUGGCGGACAAGCUGCGGUGUUCGUAACCUCGCCAGCAGCCGCUGAAAUAAUGAGAAGACAAGGCAGUGAAAAGCUUAUGUUUGCUAGGCCAUUAUAG